CAUUCAGCUCUCACUCUGCAGUUUGUCUAUUCUGUAUGAAUGAGAGCACUACAACCUGAGGACGGAUUUUAAUGCAGCAGUUAACUUAACACAAAAUUUCAAUUUUUAUUUAAACACUGAUGUUUAGUGGUAUGCUGUCCAUUGUGCGUUGUUGUUAGCACAUCAGAUAUAUACCGGGACUUUAUCUUAGCUAUAUAAACCACAUCAUGGGUUCUGAGCAAAGUAAAGAUAAGAUGCAUUGCACCAGAUAUAUAAAUGGCACUGGACCUCCGACACUGGCUGACCAAGUUCAAAAUGGUACCAAUGGAGCUAGCAAAAAGAACUCUAAAAUAGUAAAUGGAAACCAACCAGAUGACGGGCGAAUGUCAAUAAUGCACCUGAGGAGGAAUGUGGAAGGAUACCCAAAAUGUGACACCAUACAGAUAAACAUGGAAUUUGAAGAUGGAAUACAGACGGAGAAUCAUCCUAAUCCAGGGCAGAAAUACUACGGGCUUAAAACAGUGGCCUAUGUGCCUCAGAACAAUGAAGGAAUGAAGGUGUACCGCAUGCUAGAGGUAGCAUUCAAACACAAGCUGCUGUUUACAGUGGCAACUACUAGUACUGGAGAAGAGCGAGUUACCUUUUCUGACAUUCCUUUAAAAACUAAAGAGAGUGGUGGCCAUGACAGCUUCAGCUAUCCAGACCCGGAGUACCUGAAAACAGUGACAAAGAUCCUGAAAUCGAAAGGGAUCAAAUAAGAAGGAAAGUUGAAAGAUGAACAAUAUUCCAGCAUAAUAUAUGGACAAUUUUACAUCAAAAAGUGACUUUCUUUAUUUUGUGUAUAUAUGGAAGUAUUCACAGCCAGUCAACAGACAUGUUUCAUGUUUUAUGACAGAGUAGUGACUAUUAUUGCCACAGGCCAAACAAAAUGAGACAGAAUAUAUUAAAACUUACGAAACUUAAAUAUUUGUUGCACAUAUGAUCAAUAUGGUCGCUUUCAGAUACUUAUAAAACUUUCUUAAAUUAGUGCUUUGAUAAAGGCAGAUGUACCAGGAUGGUUAACUCAUUAAAUCUAGAGUUAAGACACUGGCACUGUACACUGAUAACAGAAAGUGUAAAAAAAAAAAAAAAAAGAAAAGAAAUGAAAGAUAUAAUAUAAUUAGAUGUAUAUUUAUGGCCAUAAUAAUUGACUUUCCAAAUAGAAUAGAUCCAAAUUACUCCAAAGAAUUCAAUUCCCAAUUCUUAAAAUUCUGGCAAAAGUUUUACAUUUCAGAUUAUUAAAAAUAAGGUAAUUUAAACAAAAACAUCAGAAUAUCUUUUGACUGGCAGUGUACAAGGGAAUCAUUAAAAGAACAUUGGCUAUGUUUGCUACAGAUGGUGUUAUGCUAUGACAUCUUUUGUUAAGUAGUAUGGAAUGUUGUUGAUCAACUGUCUACUUGACAACAAGAGUGUGUUGAAUGCAAGAAUGCAAAGAGAUUACACUGUACUAUAUGCCUAGCAAAUUAUUUUAGUCACCACUGAUAUUUUUUUAGAAUCUCUGUCAUAUAAACCUUUUUUGUUUGUUAUUUCUGUUAGUAUUUAUCUAGCACAGCUUGUACAACCUUACCAAAUUAUAUGUUUGUAAUAUUGUAUUUCAUUGUAUAGUAAAAUAACCUGUUUUAGCAGGAAUUCGUAUAAAACAUCAUUUACAUAUUUACCUUUAAAAUUUAAACGGAUAGGUGUUGAUUACACACUAAGGUGACUCUCACACCUCAGACUCAUGGGACAUGCCAUUUGAUUCAUCAGGCAAGAUGGAAGACUGAGAGUGUAAAUUAAAACUCGUAAUUAUAAGCAAAAGUGUCAACAUUAAAUGUUCCUAGUCCAUUGAUUUUAGUUUGUCAGUAUAGAUUCACUGCAAAGCUAUUUUUCUAAAAGCUAGAGGGUAGACUACAGGUAGGCUAUAUUUUUCCUGUUCGACUGCUAUGCGUCCGGCAGAUUGCAGAGUCUGAACUUUUUCAGGAUGAUGGAGACCCUUUUGUUCUCUUCAAACUGAAUUAUGGGCUGGGCUUCACACAGACAAUAAAGUCUAAUCAGAUUGGCGGGACCCAUUAAAGAGGCCUCUGUCAUCUCCACAGGCGUUCUUAAACCACUUUCUCCUGCAUGCUCCACCAGGAGUCAUCUGUCCCAACUGUCAGCCGCUACCGCUGCUAUGACAGCUAUCAAAUCUGGCCAGGCUACAUCACCUCAUCGCCAUCAUCCUCCACCACCCUACAGGAAUCCUACAGUCCUGCCAUUACUCCUUCUGCUACUGAAGAGCAACACUAGCCAGCCUCUAUUCGUCACUGUAGCCCACAUAUGAAGUAAAUACUUCUUCACAUAGCCAUAGUAUCUAUACCCUGUCUUGUAUACUGCUAAUAUUGCUGUACAUGACACUGGAUUCAUCUCAUAAGUGCACUGUGUGACAGUGACAGACAACACAUACACUCUGUUUUGUGUCAAUAAACUGUAAGUUGAAAUCAUCCCCAACUACAGUUCUUUUAUGGCAAAAUGCAAAACCUAGAUUUUAAACCGAAAUGAUUUUAAUUCCUCCCUGUCAUACUGUUACUAUAGGAAGGCUUAGCAGUCUUCAGCUUCCUACUUAGCAAGUGAUAAAUAGGCUUUAGGCUUGAUUUCAUUAAGCUCUUUAAUUUGGAGCACAAUUAGACUUUUAGAAGACAAAGCAGAAUCUGAACUUGUUAAUUAGAUGUGUGGAAUCACAGGUGCUGAUGAUGGAUGCAGCUUCUGGGAUUCCACUUACAGGACAAAGUUGAACCGGAGAAACCUUUGCUCUUUCAUUGGAGGCCUUUGCGCUGAAGUCCUCGCCAUGAUUAAUUCCAUUCAAUUCAAUUUUACUUUCAUUAUACCACACAUAACAUAAAAAACAACAGAGAACAUACCAAAGUUCUCUCCUUUUUGUAUGUGAGACAUACAUAAUAAAUACAUCAAAAUGCACAGGGCAGUCUAGACCACAUAGAAGUAUACAAGAACUUUAAUAAGUAUAGAUCGCUGACUGUAGACAAGUUUUUGACAUAUAAGAUAAAAUGUUACCUGCUGGACCGGUUCCUUUCAGCACAGAUAAACAUUAGAUACAUUAGAUUAGAUCAGCAUGCGAUACAAACAAAAUGAAAUUAAAACUUCAUGUACAGCUUCCUCAAGGUUCAGAAAAAGUAUGCCAAAGAAAUUCAUGAAAUAAUCUAACUGUUCCUCUGUACAACUGAAGAUAAGCAUUACUUUUCUGAGUCUGUGUGUAAUGCGAUUCUGGGAACCAUCAAAUUCAAGCAGGUUUGUUGUGACAGAGGAACACAUUCCAUUUGUGUCAUGGAGUGUCCUUUUUACAGGCCCUAUAAACCUUGCUGACAGGGAAGAAGAGUGACAAUACACACUGUGUUAACCUGAACCGUAUCCGUAAAAAGAAUGGCAGUUGCCACAAAGGUGAGAGUAGUCAAUCUUACAACGGAAAUGGUUUAUGAAGUGAUAAAUCUUCCGUAAGAGAAAGACAUCGAGCAUUUUAGCCACUACUUCUUUUGUACUGAUGGGAAUAUGCUUUACCUUUAGGGUAUCAAAGAGCCAAAAUGAGAAACAGAAAAUAUAUGGAGAACACUCAUAAUGGUGACUUUUAUUCUCAAGAGGAGGUGAUUUUUUUUUUUGGAUGUGUUAAGACAUUAGGUUUUUGAACGUAAACAGAUUAGAUCCAUGUCCAGUAUUAAGGUGUAUGAAAAUAAAUCAGAAUCAGAAUACUUUAUUAAUCCCCAGGGGGAAACUGGUACACAAAUUUCUGUUAGUGGAUCCACAGUUCCAGUAUAUACUCCAUAUAUUAUUUUUAUUUGGACGUCUUUCCUAUUAGUCUCAUGAUAGUUACUAAAUAAUUGAUGAUACUAGUUACUGAAUAAAAUAUGAAAAAUAUGAUUUAAGACGAAUAACUAAAUAAUAAAACAAAAUCUGCAGGCAUUAAUAUGAAUCUUAGAAUGGUUAGAAAUAAAGAGAGACAGAGAGAUAGAGAGAGACAUGGAGACUAUCCAUCUCUGUGAUGUAUGACUCUUUCUCUCCAUCAGUUCCCUCAGAGAGAUCCGAUGUUGCGUUUUCAUAAGGCCACCAGCCAACACAAAAGCUUCAACUUUAUGCCAUUCAUCUGUGGAGCAGGUCCCAUUUGCAGCUCUUUGGCCAUCUUGGACUCUUUUCAUCAGACACAGAGACCUGUCAGACAUCCAGGCCAUCUGGGCCCACACAGCUCUUUCACACUAAGUCAAAUCAAAGCAGCCAGAGAUCAGACUCUCUGAUAACCCACAUACUCUUUGUGGCCUAAGGUUAUUCCCCUUCCGCAUUCAUCUGCCAUACAUCCUCAUUCACAAACUACUGAUAUCUCCAUUAUGGCUGAAUGACACUAGCACUUUUAAAAGAGCACAGAUAUGGCCUUGUGAUACUGUUGUAUCCUCUCGUUGUGUGGCCUUUAACUGGAGCAUAGAUAACCUCAGUAGAGAGCUCAUAUUUAAAGAAUGCCUGUUUCUCUUCUCUUUUACCUUUACAGAAAGAGUUAUGCAGUAUAGACCAGAAUAUUUGAAAGACAGAUAAAGUCCUAACAACUGAGGCUUAGAAACUGUCAGGCCUUGUUAUCUGUAUAUUACUUUGGUCAAGAGCACACAUAAAGAGAUAUAAUAUGGUUUGUGAAUACCGAUUCUGCAGUCUCACACGAACUUUUAACUCGUCUGUCUUUUGUUCCUCUUUGCAUUAGUUUGCAUUAAUGUCUUGCUAAAGUAUUAAAGGUGAGUGGGAAAGAGUGAUCAUUUAGCAGGCCAACCAUCUCUGUUCUUUGAGCCAUUCCAUACUGGAGCCAAUAAAGCUGGGAUGAAGUGCUCUAUCUUUCACAGCAGACCAAUGGGACUAGUAAACUAUGUUGGCUCUGUUUAUUAACUCUUAUGAAGAAAGGUACCGGUGAAGAGCAGAGUAUUAAUUUGUUAACAAAUAGAAAAUUAAGUUAUAGCAAAUCUGUAAUUUGUAUAAGAGAUGUGUUGUAACCUAUUAAUGCAGUGCUAAAAUGUACAGAUAUGUACAAAUAUGAUUUAAGCUCAGUGACGUUCGUGUAAUAAACCGUGUACUAUAACUUGUUAUUGUGUGCCCUGUUACACAAUGGGCUACUAA